AGGUCUCAUUUGCAUAACGGCCGCCCCUCGCGUCCUAGCGCGGCCCAGAGUCCCGCCCCUCAUCCAUCUAGAAGUCUGUUGGGCCUCAGGCCGGUCACUCCGAUCCCGGCAAGCCUGUGGCGGGCGGUCCCGAGAGCGGAUUGGCUCUGAGAGUUUCCAAAAGGCGGCGGGGAGGCGACUAUAAGAGUGGGGAGCCGAGGGAGGGGAGUGAGAGACGCUGUUUGCGUUCGCGGAGUCUGGUGCUAGGUGACCGUUAGUUGAGGCCGCAGAUUUUCUGCCCCAGGUGUUCUCGUCUAACGUCGCUUGCCUGUCUUUCAGUCAGGAUGUCUGCCCGCGGCCCGGCUAUUGGCAUCGACCUGGGCACCACCUACUCGUGCGUGGGGGUCUUCCAACAUGGCAAGGUGGAGAUCAUCGCCAACGACCAGGGCAACCGUACCACCCCCAGCUACGUGGCCUUCACCGACACCGAGCGCCUCAUCGGCGAUGCAGCCAAGAACCAGGUGGCCAUGAACCCCACCAACACCAUCUUCGACGCCAAGAGGCUGAUCGGUCGGAAGUUCGAGGACGCCACAGUGCAGUCAGACAUGAAGCACUGGCCGUUCCGGGUGGUGAGCGAGGGAGGGAAGCCCAAAGUGCAGGUGGAGUACAAAGGAGAGAUCAAGACCUUCUUCCCUGAGGAGAUUUCCUCCAUGGUCCUCACUAAAAUGAAGGAGAUUGCCGAAGCCUACCUUGGGGGCAAGGUGCAGAGCGCGGUCAUCACCGUCCCGGCCUAUUUCAAUGACUCUCAGCGCCAGGCCACCAAGGACGCGGGCACCAUUACGGGCCUCAACGUGCUGCGCAUCAUCAACGAGCCCACGGCGGCGGCCAUUGCCUACGGCCUGGACAAGAAGGGCUGCGCGGGAGGCGAGAAGAACGUGCUCAUCUUCGACCUGGGCGGCGGCACCUUCGACGUGUCCAUCCUGACCAUCGAGGACGGCAUCUUCGAAGUGAAGUCCACUGCUGGCGACACUCAUCUGGGCGGGGAGGACUUCGAUAACCGCAUGGUGAGCCACCUGGCGGAGGAGUUCAAACGCAAGCACAAGAAGGACAUUGUACCCAACAAGCGUGCGGUGCGACGACUCCGCACCGCCUGCGAGCGCGCCAAGCGCACCCUGAGCUCGUCCACGCAGGCCAGCAUCGAGAUCGACUCGCUAUACGAGGGCGUGGAUUUCUACACGUCCAUCACCCGCGCCCGCUUCGAGGAGCUCAACGCAGACCUUUUCCGCGGGACCCUGGAGCCGGUGGAGAAGGCUCUGCGCGAUGCCAAGCUGGACAAGGGCCAGAUCCAGGAGAUCGUGCUGGUGGGCGGCUCCACUCGCAUCCCUAAGAUCCAGAAGCUGCUGCAGGAUUUCUUCAAUGGCAAGGAGCUGAACAAGAGCAUCAACCCCGACGAGGCAGUGGCCUACGGAGCCGCGGUGCAGGCGGCCAUUCUCAUCGGGGACAAGUCAGAGAACGUACAGGACCUGCUGCUACUCGACGUGACCCCGUUGUCCCUGGGCAUCGAGACGGCUGGCGGCGUCAUGACUCCGCUCAUCAAAAGGAACACCACGAUCCCCACCAAGCAGACGCAGACUUUCACCACCUACUCAGACAACCAGAGCAGCGUGCUGGUGCAGGUGUACGAGGGCGAACGGGCCAUGACCAAGGACAAUAACUUGUUGGGCAAGUUCGACCUGACCGGGAUCCCCCCAGCGCCCCGCGGGGUCCCCCAGAUCGAGGUUACCUUCGACAUCGACGCCAAUGGCAUCCUCAACGUCACCGCCGCCGACAAGAGCACUGGUAAAGAAAACAAAAUCACCAUUACCAACGACAAGGGUCGUCUGAGCAAGGAUGACAUUGACCGGAUGGUGCAGGAGGCGGAGCGGUACAAGUCGGAAGAUGAGGCCAAUCGCGACCGAGUAGCCGCCAAAAAUGCUGUGGAGUCCUAUACCUACAACAUGAAGCAGACGGUGGAAGACGAGAAACUGAGGGGCAAGAUUAGCGAUCAGGACAAAAACAAGAUUCUCGACAAGUGUCAGGAGGUGAUCAACUGGCUCGACCGGAACCAGAUGGCGGAAAAAGAUGAGUAUGAACACAAGCAAAAAGAGCUCGAAAGAGUGUGCAACCCCAUCAUCAGCAAACUAUACCAAGGCGGCCCUGGCGGCGGCGGCGGUUCAGGAGCAUCCGGCGGACCGACCAUCGAGGAAGUGGACUAAACCUGCACUCAAGACAGCGUAAAAACCUCUUUUCCUUUCUAUUUUUUUUUUCCUUUUGUUUCUGUUUCUUCUUUGAAAUGUCCUUGUGCCAAAUACGAGAUCUAUUACUGGAAGUGUUUAACAGGUGUAUGCAUAUAAAAGGAAAGGUGCAACAACUUAGUUUAAUGAUACAAGAUUAGUUCUAAAGUUUGAUUUUUUAGAAACAUUAUUUGAGGUAUCUCUUUAAUGCAUUUUGCUUGUUUGCUGACUUGAACGUUUUUUGGUUAUCUUAGUUUGUGCAUGGAGAUUUGAGACGGGAAACCUGAAGUUUUCACACAGGUUCUGUAGAAGUUUGGUAACAAUAAAAUACAUAGAAGCUUAACUUGCUUAUUUGUAUGUACUACUUGAAGAGAAAAGUGAACAUUGCAGUAAUGUUAAGGAAAGGCAUACUUUUUGCAAACGCAUAAAUACAGAUUUAAAAGUAAAAAGCUGAAAUUGAUCUAAAAAUUACUGUCUUGGAGUUUUCAAUUUUGUUUUCUUACUGUUUUACCCAUGUGGGUCUUUAACUAAAUAAGGUAUUAGUAUAAGGUGAAAUUUGUCUAACUCAAUCUUAUCUAAUUCUCAGAUGAGUUUCCUGCUUUGAAUUACCAGCAACUUAAGGGGAGAAGAUCUGGGUAAACUUUACCCUCCUUUUAAUACAGAAACCAGAGUUGGCAUAAAUGUUCAAGUGAAAAUCCACCUGAAUAUUCCAGCAAAAUACAAGCUGUAUUCCAGGGUUAAGUACAAAGAUUCUUUCUGUAAACAAAAGGAGUUGUCUUCUGAAAAUAGCCUAACAUAAUAUGAAACAGGCUUGCUUUCUGCUGCAUACAGGUGUCUGAAACAAGAUCCAACAGACAAAGGUUAAAGCCACUUAACAUUGAGUUCAAAUUCAAACUUUUGUCAACUUUUUCUAGUAAAACAGUUCAAAUUCUGGGCAUAUGGCAAAUUCAAGAAGAAUAUGUUUUCAGCACUUAAAUUACUUGGAUGGUAAAGGAAGAAAAUAGUUUUUUGUUGCUGUUCUGAUUUGACAAUCAUAGUGCUUUUUCAAUACCUGCCUUAAACACUAGAAUAUAUUUCUUUUUUUAAAAGAUAAACUGCAAGAUAUUUUGUCAAUAUGCAACUUGUUCAUUUUCCAAUAUAUCCAAUUUGAGAUUGUUACAGAUAGAAAUAUAACCCUUUGAAAUUCACUAUCCUGGGCUUAAGCUUUAAAAAUCCACAUCCUAAAAAAAAAAAAAAAAUCCACAUCCUUGGAAUAAGGGGGUUCAUGUUUAUAUUUUAGUGGACUGACUCAUCUGCUUUGUACUGAUUUAUUCUCUUUAAGGAGAAUUUGGAAGAAAUUGAGUAAAGCUAAUUGGAAAAUGCAUAGUUAAUCUAAUGUUUUCACCAUACAGACAAUUUAAUAUCUCCUUCCAAGUGAUGUAGAUUUACUUCCUGUUGUUCAUAAGAUAACAGUGACAUAUAGAAGCUAAUUUUAAACUUACUAGUAGACUCUUCCAUAUCAAGCAGAGAGAGGAAUUUUUGAAAUAUAAAAACUAGAGAACAAAAUAGCCUAAAAGUAUUGAGCUUUGGUCACAGUCCUCUCACGUAAGCGCUGACUCUGCAUACGAUUUUUUUUCUUUUAACAAGUCUCAUUUGGGUGGGGGGAGGAAGAUAAAAAGGCAGUUGUAAAAUAGCUUCAAAAUAGACAUUUUUUUUAAAGGUAGUUUUUCCUUACACUUUGAAAGGUGAACACAAUUUGAGUUUUUCAGUGCUGUUCCCAGAGUGGAAAGUUUUCAGCAAAGAAGCAUUAAGGAUAUUUCAUUGCAGAUAGCAUCAUAUAAAUAUUUGACAAGUUACCUUGGUAUUAAAAGAGUCAGGUAAUUAGUAGCCUUAGAGUGACGUUUCACCUGAGUUUUUACCAAGAUAAUACUCAUUCUGUUAACCUUUUGUUAGUUCUUUAUUGAGUGUUUAUCCCUUGCUCUAACUUCAAAGUAUACAAAGUAUAGUGGGGUCUUUAAUUGCAGUUUGGUAUUAGUUUGACUAGACCUCAUUUUUAGAAGAUAUUAGUUUCUAAAGGAUCAGAAAAAUGCCAAAUGGUAAUCUGUUUGAUCCUAUAGCCUGACCUCUGGUAACUUGCUGUAACACUAACAUCAAUCUAUGUAGAUACUUCAUUUUCUGUUAUUUUGAAAAGUAAUUUGUAAAACUCUUGAGUGCUUUUAAUUUUGUCUUCUCAAAUUUACCUAGAUCUAAAUAUUGCUUAAGAUAAAAAGCCACUAAAGUAGCCAUUCAUGUUUCCAGGGUCAGGUGAAGUUGGUAACUCAAUAACUCAUGGGAACCCUUUAGCAGAUGUUAGAUCAGCCAUAGUCAAAUGACAAUGGAAAAAGUACUUGAGUUCAGGAUGAGGCUAAAUUACAGUUUAAGGAAUAAUUAACAUCACUUGCCCUUGAAAGUAAUACUAUGCUAGGGACUAGUGGUCAUGACUACAGCUAAUGAAAUAUGUAUAGAAUGCUUAGGGAUUGAAAAAGUACCUUUCUCAUAACGGGGACUUAAUUUCUUCUUUCUUGAAUGUAUAAUUAACAUAAUUGUCCCUGUUUUGAGGCAAUGAAUCUAGACACCUGUCAAAAUUGUUCAGAGUAUUUCAGUUGUAUGAAAUUUCAAAAGAAGAUUACUCUAAAUUUUUUAUCAUAUUAAUUUAUAUGUAUAAUGGAAGUUAAUGUACCUGACUUGUGCAUUAGGAGAUACUAGUGCUCUUUACAUCUUUAAAUUUAGCAUGCAUAUUAAAAUACAUAAUACAUUCUAUAUGUCAAGGAGAACUAAAAAUAUUCUGUGUAUAAUCUUAAACAUGAAUAUAAUCUGACUAGAUGAAAUCAAAAGGUCUCUCUUAUGAAGAUCAAAUACUGGGCUCAUGAUAAGGUAUUUCAAUUGGAUGUAGUUUUUAAAAGUUGUGAGGCAUAUUUGUCUUGCUUUUGAACAUUGGAACUGAAGUUUUAAAGACUCUCAAAAGUCAUAUGAUCACAAGACAACUGCUAAAGGAAUAUAUAUAUAUAAAAAACAACAGUAAUAUUCAAUUGUUUCUGUAUAUUUAAUGUAUGAGGCAACUGUUUUGAAGGACUAUCCUUAAGCAUUAAAAUUAGAUAUAAAAUUUAAAUCCUUCAAGAAAAAUUAUGGAUCUUUAGAAGAAGAGCUCAGUAUUUAUUCUUUUUACAGCUUUUUACAAGUAUUUACAGUUUUAGGGAUGGAGAUAUUUUAGGAUAUAUGUAUUUCUAAAAUUUAAUAGUGUGCUACUUAAUGUUGAAAUGUUUUUCCCUUAAACAAGUGAAAAAGUCAGACUCUUCCUCCAUCCCUUUAAGUACAGAUUAGGAUGUUUGAAUUGAAGAUUGGAGAAAUAAGCACCAGAAAUGGAGUUGCUAAUUCAAAUACUGGUAUUGCUGUUUCUUAUAUAUUAGUUUUAAAAGUAGAAUUAUAACAUUUUGAAAAUCUG